CACCCCUUCCGCCCCGGGAACGGUCUCUUCCGGGUCUUCGAGCUCGCUUCUCCUCCGCCCCCUCGGGGACUCGGCGGGAGUUUCUUAGCGUCGCCGGGGGAGGAGUUUUGGCGAUGCCGAGGUUGGGGCUCAGUUUUUCCCUAGUCAUCGGGUUCUGGAACAGCCCGUGAGCCCUGGAGUGGUUUCAGUUUUUUGCUUGAGGAGGCGGGGUGUGGCGCCGGCUUGAAGCGUACGGAGUCAAGCUGCUGAGAUGGCGGCUACCUUCUUCGGGGAGGUGGUGAAGACGCGGUCCCGAGCCGUGACGGAGGAGGACGACGACGACGAGGAGGACGCCUGGACGCAGGAUAACUACGAGGACCGAGAAGUCCGGCGAGAGCUGGAGAAAAAGAGGGAAGUAGAAGUCCUUCAGACGCAAACAAAUGUAUCUUUGGAAAUUCCCCUGCUAGAGCAGUAUCCGUGUUCAAAGUUUAUAAUCGCCAUAGGACACAAUGCAGUAGCGUUUUUGUCCUCGUUUGUCAUGAAUUCGGGAGCGUGGGAAGAAGUCGGGUCCACCAAGCUGUGGAACGAGUGGUGCAGAACAGCCGAGACCACGACCCUGUCCCCAGCCGACGCCUUCUGCGUGUUCUACCGCCUCAAGUCAGAGCCCGCCGUCUUGCUGUGCCAGUGCAGCUGCUACGUCGCAGAGGAUCAGCAGUACCCGUGGCUCGAGAAGGUUUUUGGUUCUUCUCCGAAGAGAGGUUUACAGGUGACUCUUCUGACGUCUCGCCACGUAACUGACUACAGAACUCCAGAAUCCAGCGGCAGCCUCCCUUCCCCCUUCCUGAAAGCCCUCAAAACACAGAGUUUCCAGGAUGCUGCCCAUUGUACGCUCUUAGAACAGCCCAACAUCGUCCAUGACCUUCCUGCUGCAGUUCUGAGUUACUGUCAAGUGUGGAAAAUUCCAGCAAUUCUCUACCUGUGUUACACUGAUAUAAUGAAACUAGACCUAGUCACAGUGGAAGCCUUCAAACCAAUUCUUUGUUCAAAAAGCUUCAGAGGAUUAGUUAAGAACGCUUCCCUCAGUCCAGAGGCGCUGAUGAAACUGGUGACGACCAACGAAAUUCAGAGCAACAUCUACACGUGAUCUAGCACUGGCUUGUUGAGGGCAGAAGAAACCCUCUGCCACUCCGCUGUGCCUCGUGGAAGAGAGCAAAAUAAAGAGUCUAUUUCCUUA